AACCACACCAGAAAAAAUUAAAACAUUCUUUGGAAUGCUGAUGAUAAUGGGAAUUUUGAAAUUUCCACGGAUCAGAAUGUCCUGGAGUGCUGCAACUCAAAUUCCCAAUGUGUCACAAGCAAUGAGCGUAAAUCGCUUUUUCAAGCUGAGGUCUGCACUACAUGCGACAGAGCCAGACCCAGGUCACACUGGAACUGACAAGUUCUGGAAGGUACGACCUGUAGUUGAUGCUGUUCGAAAGAGAUGCCUGCAACUGCCUGUUGCUGAAAAAAACAGCAUUGAUGAACAGAUCAUUCCCUUUACUGGAAAGGUGGUCGCUAAGCAGUUCGUUCGCAAUAAACCCAACCCUGAAGGGGUGAAAGUGUUUGUACGAUGUAGCUCCGGAGGCAUGGCUCAUGACUUUGAAAUUUAUCAAGGAAAAGGGACAGGGACAUCAGUGGAGCACAAGCAUCUAGGACUUGGUGGUUCAAUUGUUAUGAGGUUGACUGAGAACCUCCCAAAACUGAGGAAUUUCAAAUGUUAUUUUGGUAAUUAUUUUACAUCAAUACCCCUACUUCAAGAGCUGAAGCAAAUUGGCAUUUGGGCCGUUGGGCCCAUCCGCAGCAACAGACUACAAAGAUGUCCACUCAAAUCGGAUAAGACACUGAAAAAGGAGGGACGGGGCAGUAUGGAUGCCAGGGUCACCAAUGAGGGUGAUAUCACAGUUGUCAGGUGGCAAGACAACGGAAUUGUGAAUGUUGCGUCGACAUUCGUAGGCAUUGGGCAGCCAAAAAAUGUAAAACGGUGGAGCGAGUCCUCAAAACAGCACGUUGACAUACCGUGCCUUGAAAUUAUCACCGAAUACAAUGAGUCGAUCGGUGGGGUCGACAAGAUGGAUUUCUUGCUGUCAUUGUACCCACUAAAACAAAGAACAAAAAAGUGGCCAGUACGCGUCAUGUCACAUUUCACAUCAUUCGCACUGGUAAAUAGCUGGCAAGAGUACCUGAUGGAUGCGGAUGACAACUGCAUGCCACGCAAGAAAAUUCUGGACCUUCUGGCAUUCCAAAAUGAUGUUGCAUUGACACUAAUCAUGUGAAACAAGAAUGGUGCCAGGAAGCGUGGUCGUCCAAGCAAUGAUGCAAGGGAACCCCCAAGUAAGGUGCACAAUGCUGAGCCACUGCCCGUAAAUUCCGUCCGUUAUGAUGGAAUUCAGCACUGGCCAGCACACACAGGCACUUCCUUCGCUCAACGUUGCAAGCGAGAAGGCUGCAAUUCAAGAACAUGAGUGCGAUGCAUGAAAUGCAACGUGUUUCUUUGUCUUUCAGCUAUGAAUGACUGCUUUUACACAUUUUUUCCUUUGCAUUUUCUGUGUUCCUGGAACAUUCUCUCACUGAAAAACCAUGUGCUGUAAUUUUCCUUCACUUCACUUUAAUUCGUGACUGAAGGGGAUAAAUAUAACGCACAGCGAUGAAGUGGUUAGUAAGACUUUUUGCAGUAUGGUUUCGCGAAAAGAAAAUAAUGAUUCGGUGUUAUUACCAAUCAGAACGUGACUUUUGAAAGCACACUCUUUCAAAGCCGAGCAGUUAAAGCUUCUCGUUGUGCCGGAUAGUGCGAACACUGAAAAUGAACCAAUACGUACUCG